GGGCUAGUAGUGCAGGUGCCGCUGCGCCGGGGGCCGGGGAGGCUGCGCGCCGAGCCGAGUGGAGCCGGGGAGGGAUGGAGAGCGGGCCGCCCGGGCUGCAGGAGCACCGGCGCGGGGCGUAGGCGGGCGCGAGCGGGCGUGAGCAGGCGCUCGGGCGCGAGAAGUGUGCGGGCGCAGGAGCACUUUGCGAUAGGAUGAGGCUCUUGGCUGGCGCGCGGUAGUACUAUGAUUUGGUAUGUGGCCACUUUGAUAGCAAGUGUGAUCAGCACCCGAGGUCUUGCGGCUCAAGCUGCCCACGGCCUACGAGAGGAGCCCGAGUUUGUGACUGCAAGAGCCGGUGAGAGUGUGGUCCUGCGAUGCGACGUGAUUCAUCCGGUGACGGGACAGCCCCCGCCCUAUGUCGUGGAGUGGUUCAAGUUUGGGGUGCCCAUCCCUAUCUUCAUCAAGUUUGGCUACUAUCCACCUCACGUGGACCCUGAGUAUGCAGGCCGGGCAAGCCUUCAUGAUAAAGCAUCCUUACGGCUGGAACAGGUCCGCUCUGAGGACCAGGGCUGGUACGAGUGCAAAGUGCUCAUGCUGGAUCAGCAGUAUGACACCUUUCACAAUGGCAGCUGGGUCCAUCUCACCAUCAACGCUCCUCCCACCUUUACAGAAACACCCCCCCAGUACAUUGAGGCCAAGGAAGGUGGCAGUGUUACCAUGACCUGCACAGCUUUUGGAAACCCCAAGCCCAUUGUCACCUGGCUUAAGGAGGGGACACUCCUAGGUGCUAGUGGGAAAUACCAGGUGAGUGAUGGCAGCCUCACAGUGACAUCGGUCAGUAGGGAGGACAGAGGUGCCUAUACCUGUCGUGCAUACAGCAUCCAGGGAGAGGCUGUCCAUACCACUCAUCUGCUUGUCCAAGGGCCUCCCUUCAUAGUUUCCCCUCCUGAGAACAUCACUGUCAACAUAUCCCAGGAUGCUCUGCUCACCUGCCGGGCAGAGGCGUAUCCCGGCAACCUCACCUACACCUGGUAUUGGCAGGAUGAAAACGUCUACUUCCAGAACGACCUGAAGUUGAGAGUGCGGAUCUUGAUUGAUGGGACCCUGAUCAUCUUCCGAGUGAAGCCUGAGGAUGCGGGGAAGUACACAUGCGUCCCUAGCAACAGCUUGGGGCGCUCCCCCUCUGCCUCAGCAUACUUAACUGUGCAGUACCCAGCCCGUGUCCUCAACAUGCCCCCUGUCAUCUACGUGCCCGUGGGAAUUCACGGCUAUAUCCGAUGCCCUGUGGAUGCAGAGCCACCGGCCACCGUGGUCAAGUGGAACAAGGAUGGCCGCCCCCUGCAGGUUGAGAAGAACCUGGGUUGGACCUUGAUGGAGGAUGGCUCCAUUCGGAUUGAGGAGGCCACAGAGGAGGCUCUUGGCACUUACACCUGUGUGCCUUACAACACCUUGGGGACCAUGGGCCAGUCUGCUCCCGCACGGCUUGUCCUGAAGGAUCCCCCGUAUUUUACGGUGCUACCAGGCUGGGAAUAUAGGCAGGAGGCUGGCCGGGAGCUGCUCAUUCCCUGCGCUGCUGCAGGGGACCCUUUCCCUGUCAUCACGUGGAGAAAGGUAGGGAAGCCCAGCAGAAGCAAGCACAAUGCCCUGCCCAGCGGGAGUCUCCAGUUCCGAGCCCUGAGUAAGGAGGACCACGGGGAGUGGGAGUGCAUCGCCACCAACGUGGUCACCAGCAUCACUGCCAGUACCCACCUGACCGUCAUCGGCACCAGCCCCCAUGCCCCGGGCAGUGUCCGGGUCCAGGUCUCCAUGACAACUGCCAACGUGUCCUGGGAGCCAGGCUAUGAUGGAGGAUUCGAGCAGACAUUCUCAGUUUGGAUGAAGCGGGCACAGUUUGGGCCCCAUGACUGGCUGUCUUUGCCAGUGCCGCCGGGACCCAGCUGGUUGCUAGUGGACACCCUGGAGCCUGAGACAGCAUACCAGUUCAGCGUCCUGGCCCAGAACAAGCUGGGAACGAGCGCCUUCAGUGAGGUGGUCACUGUGAACACUUUAGCAUUCCCUAUCACAACUCCAGAACCCCUGGUGCUGGUUACCCCACCAAGGUGCCUCACAGCCAACCGGACCCAGCAGGGUGUGCUCCUGUCUUGGCUCCCCCCUGCCAAUCACAGCUUUCCCAUUGACCGCUACAUCAUGGAAUACCGUGUCGGGGAACACUGGGAGACGUUAGAUGGUGCCAUCCCAGGCACUGAUGGAGAGUUCUUUGCCAAGGAUCUGUCACAGGACACCUGGUACGAAUUCCGGGUUCUGGCCGUCAUGCAGGAUCUGAUCAGCGAACCCAGCAACAUCGCCGGCGUCUCCAGCACAGACAUCUUCCCACAGCCGGACCUGACCGAUGACGGGCUAGCUCGGCCUGUGUUGGCUGGAAUCGUAGCUACCAUCUGCUUCUUGGCAGCUGCCAUCCUGUUCAGCACCCUGGCCGCCUGCUUUGUCAACAAGCAGCGCAAGCGUAAGCUCAAGCGCAAAAAAGAUCCUCCACUCUCCAUUACUCACUGCAGAAAGAGCCUUGAGUCUCCCUUGUCCUCUGGCAAGGUGAGCCCCGAGAGCAUCCGCACACUCCGGGCCCCGUCGGAGUCCUCCGAUGACCAAGGCCAGCCAGCAGCCAAGAGGAUGCUGAGUCCCACCCGGGAGAAGGAGCUGUCGUUGUACAAGAAGACCAAGAGGGCCAUCAGUAGCAAGAAGUACAGUGUGGCCAAGGCCGAGGCUGAGGCUGAGGCCACGACGCCCAUCGAGCUCAUCAGCAGAGGCCCCGAUGGCCGCUUCGUGAUGGAUCCGUCCGAGAUGGAGCCCUCAAUGAAGAGCAGGCGCAUUGAGGGCUUCCCCUUUGCCGAGGAGACAGACAUGUACCCCGAGUUCCGCCAGUCGGAUGAGGAGAAUGAGGACCCGCUGGUGCCCACAUCUGUGGCUGCCCUGAAGUCCCAGCUGACCCCUCUGUCGUCCAGCCAGGAGUCCUACCUGCCACCACCAGCAUACAGCCCUCGGUUCCAGCCCCGUGGGUUGGAGGGCCCCGGCGGCCUGGAAGGUCGGCUCCAGGCCACAGGCCAGGCCAGACCCCCCGCCCCCCGGCCCUUCCACCAUGCCCAGUAUUAUGGGUACCUCAGCAGCAGCAGCCCAGGGGAGGUGGAGCCGCCGCCCUUCUACAUGCCAGAAGUGGGCAGCCCCUUGAGCUCGGUCAUGUCCUCCCCACCCCUGCACACCGAGGGGCCUUUCGGCCACCCCACCAUUCCUGAGGAAAACGGAGAGAAUGCUUCCAACAGCACGCUGCCCUUGACUCAGACACCCACAGGAGGGCGCUCCCCUGAGCCCUGGGGCCGGCCAGAAUUCCCCUUUGGGGGCCUGGAGACCCCGGCCAUGAUGUUUCCCCACCAGCUGCACCCCUGUGAUGUAGCCGAGAGUCUGCAGCCCAAGGCCUGCCUCCCCCGAGGACUGCCCCCCACCUCCCUGCAGGUGCCCGCGGCCUACCCAGGCAUCCUGUCUCUGGAGGCACCAAAGGGUUGGGCAGGCAAAUCGCCGGGCAGAGGCCCCGUCCCAGUGCCCACCUCCGCUAAGUGGCAGGACAGACCUAUGCAACCUCUGGUGAGCCAAGGGCAGCUAAGACAUACCAGCCAAGGUAUGGGCAUCCCCGUGUUGCCUUACCCCGAGCCAGCCGAGCCCGGGGGGCACAGCGGCCCCAGCACAUUUGGCCUGGACACCCGGUGGUACGAGCCCCAGCCCCGGCCCCGGCCCAGCCCCCGGCAGGCCAGGCGCGCCGAGCCCAGUUUACAUCAAGUGGUGCUACAGCCCUCCCGGCUCUCGCCUCUGACCCAAAGCCCCCUCAGCUCCCGCACCGGCUCCCCUGAGCUUGCCGCCCGGGCCCGGCCUCGCCCGGGCCUCCUGCAGCAGGCAGAGAUGUCGGAGAUCACCCUGCAGCCGCCAGCCGCUGUCAGCUUCUCUCGCAAGUCCACACCAUCCACGGGCUCCCCUUCCCAGAGCAGCCGCAGCGGGAGCCCCAGCUACCGGCCCACCAUGGGCUUCACCACGCUGGCCACAGGCUACCCUUCCCCUCCGCCAGGCCCUGCAGGGCCUGCGGACAACCUGGAUGUGUUUGGACAGACGCCUUCCCCUCGAAGGAUGGGGGAGGAACUGCUCAGACCAGAGCCCCCCCCACCGCCAUUACCUACUUCAGGAACACAUCCACCUGCACCCGGGAAUGCUGCUGCACCUGAGAGGCUGGAGGCUCUGAAAUACCAACGGAUAAAGAAGCCCAAAAAGUCAUCCAAGGGCUCUUCGAAGUCAAAGAAACGAUCCGACGGUUCUGCCUCCCAGGCUCAGCAGCUUCCAGAUUCCCAGGUUCUGUGGCCCGAUGAAGCCGUCUGCCUCCGAAAGAAGAAGAGACAUUCUCGGCCUGACCCCUUUGCCCGCCUCUCAGACCUGUGCCACCGCCAGCUUCCAGAAGACCAGACGGCGAUUCUUAACAGCGUGGAUCACGAUGACCCUGGCCACGCCACCUUGCUGUGACGCGACACAACUCUAAGUUGUCCUAGGGUGGUCAUGCUGGGCUGAGGGGCGGGGGAGGGAGGAUGACGGUGUGCCAGCUGAGGGGUAGUCUGGGGGGCUGCUCUGACCUUUG